AUGAGGACCAGACUGUGGGGCGGUCCGGUCCGGCUGGAGGAGGACGGAGGACGGUCUGGUUCCCGCUGCAGGGCCAGACUGGCCAGACUGGGCAGAACAGCCUUUAAAUGCAGGAGGAAACUAAACGAUGAGAAGAAGUUAAAAGCUCUCAGGAGAGACAAUCUGAGUAAAGAGGACAAGAAAGAGGUGAAGAAGAAAGGUCAAAGUAAAGACGAGACGUUAGAGGAACAAGAGAUUAAACUCCCAAAAGCAGAGGAGAGUUCUGCUAGAGACGCAACCGGAGACCGUCCCGUCAGAGGAGCCCGGCUUCGCUCCGCUCUGAGGGAGGAGCUUAGGAUGAUCCACGAGAAGAUGGAGGCCAAGAGGAUCGCUCGCAUCGCCCUGGCUGAGAUCAGGGCCUUCCUCGCCGAAGAGGAGGAGAAGGAGAAGGCCUGGGCGCUGAAGAUGAAGACGCUGGAGGCUGUGCAGGAGCAGCUGAGGGAGGAGAGGAGGAGGCAGGCGGAGAAGGAGAGGAUGGAGAAGGAGAAGGCUGAGAAGGAAAAGAUGGAGAAGGAGAAGACUGAGAUGGAAAGGAUGGAGAAGGAAGCGAAGGAGAAAGCUGAGAAAGAGCAGUUGGCUCAAGAAAGGGCAGAAAAAGAGAAACAAGAGAUGGAGAGAUUGGCCAAAGAACGAGAGAGGGCCGAAAAGGAGAGGAUGGAGAGGGAGAAUGAACAGUUAGAAAGGGAGAGGAUGGCCAAAGACGGAGCUGAAAAAGACAAGCUGGAGCGGGAACGAAUGGCCAAAGAAAGAGCUGAAAAAGACAAGCUGGAGCAGGAACGAAUGGCCAAAGAAAGAGCUGAAAAAGAAAAGCUGGAGGAAAGGGCUGAAAAAGAAAAGCUGGAGAGGGAACGAAUGGCCAGGGAAAGGGCAAGAAUUGCUCAGGAGAAGGAGAGAUUAGAGAAGGAAAGAGUUGCACGAGAACAAAAGGCGAGGAUGGAGAGGGAACAAAUGGCGAAGGAAAGAGAGAAAAUCGCCCGGGAGGAGAGAAUCGAACAGGUGAGGAUGGAGAAGGAAAGGAUGGAGUGGCUGAGACUCGCCGGAGAGAAAGCUGCUCGGGACAAGAUGGAGGCGGAGAGGCUGGCGAAGGUAGAUAUGAAGAAACCAGAGCUCCCGGAGAGGAAACCAAACGCUUCCCAGAUGAAAACUUUGGAGGAGAAAAGCAACCGAACGAGUGCAUCGGCGGUCAGAAGGGAGAAGAGCGUGGUGCAGGAAAAGAUGGCCGACGGCGGGAAGAAGAAAUAA